AUGAGACGGCGAGAUGUGCGCGGUAUUCCAGUUCGCUUGGCGAUCAGGUUGACUGGCAAGAGCGUUUCGAUAUUGGGAAGGAAUGGAAUCAAUGGAACUCGAGCACAUUACGAAUGCAUGAAAUCGCUGAUGGCGUACGGAGGAUGGGGAUACAAUUACGAUGUCAUGAUCAAGACUGUGUACGAGACCGUUAAUAUACUACGAGCUCUCGGAGGAGCAAAUGAUGUGCACGCACGAAUGACGUCAGCACAGCUGAACGCGUCGUUGACAUUUGCCCGAGGAGCUGCGCAUGCGUCACUGUCACGUGCUGCUGCUGACUGGAUGGUGAACACAAUAGACCUCACAAAAACAUUUGAACAGCUCGAUCGCAACGUAUGA